AUGGCGGAUGGAAAAGAAACCAUCUUUUCGACUCUCGACAAUGCCAAGACUCAACUUUACCAUUACAAAGCGAUUGUCAUUGCCGGCAUGGGGUUUUUCACCGAUGCUUAUGACCUCUUCUGCAUCACUGCGGUCACAAAACUCAUAGGCCGCCUUUACUACUACGACCCUUCGACCAACAAGCCUGGCGUUCUGCCUAACCACAUCAACAAUGCCAUAACAGGGGUUGCUCUGUUCGGAACCCUAGCAGGGCAACUCUUCUUUGGCUGGCUUGGAGACAAACUUGGUAGAAAAAAAGUUUACGGAAUCACAUUAGUCACAAUGGUGGGAUGUGCUCUGGCCUCCGGCCUUUCGUUUGGCCACAGUGCUCAAGGUGUAGUCACAACUCUCUGUUUCUUCCGAUUUUGGCUCGGAUUCGGAAUUGGAGGGGACUAUCCCCUCUCAGCAGUGAUCAUGUCCGAAUACGCCAACCAAAAAACCCGAGGCGGGUUCAUUGCAGCUGUGUUUGCAAUGCAAGGAAUUGGCAUUUUGGUCGCAGGAGCCGUAGCCAUGUUCGUGUCCAAACUAUUCUUGCUAGCCUACCCAGCUAAUGAUUUUUGGACUAAUCCUGUCCUCUCCACUCAGCCGGAAGGCGAUUUUGUGUGGCGAAUCGUGCUCAUGUUCGGCGCAGUCCCCGCGGCUCUGACCUUCUAUUGGAGACUAAAAAUGCCUGAGACUGCAAGGUACACUGCCUUGGUUGCAGGAGAUCAGGACAAGGCCAAUGCUGACAUGGCCAAAGUCCUCGAAAGGGACAUACCGGUCGGAGAAUCUGGUUCCAAAACCCUAGUUGAUCCAAAUUCCGCAUAUAAGUUGUUUUCUAGGGAGUUUCUUAGGCGGCACGGCACCCAUCUUCUCGGCACCGCCACCACCUGGUUCCUGCUGGACAUUGCAUUUUACAGCCUCCAGCUCACUCAGAAAGAUAUUUACCCUUCAAGUGGACUUUUACCUAGACCUUCCGCAAUGAAUGCAAUUGAAGAAGUCUACAGGCUAUCCGGUGCAAUGCUGCUCGUAGCACUUUUUGCCUCGGUUCCCGGUUACUGGUUUACUGUGUUUACCAUUGACAAGCUUGGAAGAAAACCGAUCCAGCUAGGCGGGUUUUUACUGAUGUCGAUUUUCAUGGGAGUUCUAGGGUUUCAUUACGGAAAUCUCAGGGGAGUGGAGUGUGAGGAUAAACACUCCACCUAUGAGUUCUGCAAGGGUCACACUAAAUUGUUCACUUUGUUAUAUGGGCUGACAUUGUUUUUCGCAAACUUUGGGCCCAACAGCACGACUUUCAUCGUGCCGGCCGAGCUUUUCCCGGCUAGGUUCCGGUCCACAUGCCACGGGGUGUCAGCGGCGGCGGGCAAAGCGGGUGCUAUACUUGCUGCAUUUGUGCUGCAGAGUUAUACUCGUGAGGUUGAAGGGGUGCAAAAGGCGAUCAAGGCGCUUGCAGUGAUUAAUUUGAUCGGAUUCUUCUUCAGUUUCUUGGUGCCAGAGACCAAGGGGAGGUCGCUUGAGGAGAUUUCCGGGGAGGACAGUGAUUUCGGAGGCAACGGUGUGAUAGCCGUUAGUGCAAAUGAGAAUGCAGCUGAAACUAGUGCUGCCAUUGUCAUCAAGGAUAAAGUUCCGGAAGCUGAAACGGGAAUGGUUUAG